AUGACCGGCACCAUUCAGGCUGAGACUCAAGCCGUCAUGGACUGGAUCAAAACCCAACCAAACUUUGUCCUGUCCGCCAACUUGCAUGGAGGGAGUUUAGUGGCCAGCUACCCGUUUGAUGACCACCAAUAUAGUGACAUUACUUCAGGACUGUAUGCGGCUGCACCUGACGACGCCACCUUCAAGUCCCUGGCCAAAUCCUACGCCAACGCCCAUCCCACGAUGCACCUCGGCAAACAAUGCGGGGGAACGGAAUACUUCCCAGGGGGAAUAACCAACGGUGCUUAUUGGUAUACCUUUGCGGGUGGCAUGCAGGACUACAACUACCUCAACAGCAACACCUUUGAGAUUACCCUGGAGAUCUCAUGCUGCAGGUACCCAAACAGCAGCGAUCUCGCAUCGUACUGGAACGACAACAGAAACGCUCUACUCACUUAUAUAGAACAGACACAUAUGGGAGUUAAAGGUGUAGUCAAGACAAGUGACGGUGCUCCAAUCGCUAAUGCACAAGUCCGUGUGUCUGGCAUUGAUUACACGAUGAAAACGUCAGAUCUUGGAGAAUACUGGAGGCUUCUUAUAUCUGGAACUUAUAGUAUUAGUUUCAGUGUUGAGGGGUAUGCAACUGCUUCAACAAGUGUAACCGUCAUUUCUGGUUCACCUGUGGUACUCGAUGUGACAUUUGACACUUCCACUAAACAAGGAACUAUCACCCAGGGUUGA